AUGACUGGCGCUGCCCCCAUUGAUAUUUCCACCCGGACAACCUCGGUGUCGCCGCCGGGCCAGCAGGCGUCGAAUUUAACCUCGGCCUUGCAAAGAGCGGGCACGGGUGAGCGCACCGGAAGCUUUUCACAUCACCCGGGAGGAGCACUGGGAGUGUUUAAGGCACCACCGCCUCGUAAGGACUCGAUCGGCACAGCCACGGCACAAUGGGGCAAUGGGACGAAACCUAUCUCCAUGUCGGGCUCUGCUCGCGACAAGGGCCGCCGCGAAUCGCUCGCGGGUAGCUUGGUGGGUGGUAUGAGCUGGGGUGGUGUCUCCGUGGGGAGUUGGAUCCGUGACGAGUGA